AAAAUCAUCAUGCGCGAUAUCUUUUUAUUUAUCUUCUCACAAUAUUUACUCGCAUCGGAUUAUUCUCCUCCAUAUUGUUUGGGCAAUCAAACGAAGUCGUGACGGUCCCAAGGGCUGAAUCCGCCGCUUGAAAUUUGCAUGGAGGCUCGUAUUCUGGUGUGAAUGUGGAAGGAAGAGGGAGAGCCGAUGCAGGAGGAUCGAGCCGAGGAAUUUACAACUAUGGAUCACGUGGACUCCAUUGAAGAUAGAGUUAAAUCAUUAUUAGAAAGUUCUGAAGCUAACUUCAAUGCUUGGGUGCUGCUUGUAGCAGAUGUUGAGAAUACUUCACCAGACGACAUACAAAAGAUCUGCUUUGUCUAUGAUUCCUUUUUGUCAGAGUUUCCAUUAUGUUAUGGAUAUUGGACAAGAUAUGCGGGGCACAAGGCACGCAUUUGCACAUUGAAUGAGGUGGAUGAACUCUAUGAACGGGCAGUGAAGAUUGCUUCAUACUCUGUUCAUCUCUGGCUCAGCUAUUGUAACUUUGCUAUAUCAUCAUUUGAGGAUCCUUCUGAUGUUAGACGACUUUUUCAGAGAGGUUUAUCUUAUGUUGAUAAGGACUAUUUGUGCCAUCUGCUAUGGGAUAAAUAUAUCGAAUUUGAGUAUUGUCAAAAGCAGUGGGAUCGACUAGCUCAUAUUUAUAUUAACACUUUGAGGUUUCCUACGAGAAGGUUGCAAAGCUAUUAUGAAAGCUUUAAGAAAUUGGUUGCUCUGUUGGAAGAACAGAUGGGAUCCCAAAAUGCAAUAUCCACCCCACCAGAAGCUGUUCCUGACUGUGAAAUGACACAUGUGAAGGGCUGUGGGUAUUCGGAAAUCUCAGAUGCUGUGGAUCUUCUUAGUCAAUGCCUUGCUGAUCCUGAAGAUUUGAAGAAAUAUUUAUCGAUUGGUGAGCUAUUGCACCAUAAAUCUAGUCAAUUAGAUAAAAGUAUAAGCUGCUUUGAGGCUCAUAUCCAGAGACAAUAUUUUCAUGUCAAGCCACUUGAUGAGUUCCAGCUUGAGAAUUGGCAUGAAUAUCUUACUUUCGUUGAGGAGCAAGGAAAUUUUGAUUGGACUGUUAAACUUUAUGAGAGAUGUUUAAUUCCUUGUGCUAAUUACCUAGAGUUCUGGAUUCGUUAUGUGGAUUUUGUGGAUGCUAACGGUGGUAGAGAGAUAGCUAAUGAUGCACUUGAAAGAGCAUUGAAGGUCUUCUUAAAGAGAAUUCCGGCCUUCCAUCAAUACUAUUCUAUGUAUAAAGAAAAAAUUGGUGAUAAAGUAAAUGCCUGUGCUCCUUUUCUACAAAGUAGUGAAGGUUGUACAACUGUUGCUAUUGAAUAUGUCAGCAGAAGAGCAAACAUGGAAAAGCGGCUGGGAAAUAUUGAAGCAGCUCAGGAGAUAUAUGAUAAAGCCAUCAAAAUGGCCCAUGAGAAGCAUAACUUGAAGAUACUUCCUCUUUUGUAUGUUAAUUUUGCACGAUUUACAUUUGUGGUUACUCACAGUGUAGAGGCUGCCAAGGAAGUUUUCAUCAAAGGUAUCCAACAAAAUCCAUGCAAAUUAAUUAUAGAGGCUUUUAUAGACUUUAUGACCAUGCAUGGAGGGACGAGCCAGUUAGAUUCCGUAGAUUGUAAAAUGGCCGCUUUAUUAUCACCCGAUUCAGAUGUUUCUCAAGCUUUAAGCUUUCAGGAUCGUGAAGAAAUCUCACAACUAUAUCUAAAGCAGUUUGUUGACCUCUAUGGAACUAUCGAUGAAACAAGGCUGGCAUGGGAACGCCACAGAAAACUAUUCCCACAUAUUAUGAGACCAUCUUCUAUAUUUGAUUAUUCUUCUCAUGGUUUCCAAAUCCAAAGUAAGAAAACUGAAGGACGGAAAGGCACGCAAACUAAUUCUCCUAAUCAUUCCAGUGAAAAUCCCAGCAAAAAAGUCUUGAUUAAACACGCUUUUGAAAAUCAUUCUCCAGUAAAUAUGCCUAUCAUUCUUCCUGAGGAGACUCUGAACUGUGACCUGAAAUCAUAUGGCAAAGCAGACAAUGAUAAGGAAAGUCAGGAAUCUAUAGCAGCUGAAGCAAAUCAUAUUCAUGAACCGUCAUUUCCUGGAGGGUCUAUUAUAGAUGUCAUAAAUGAGAUUGUUCAAGAGUCUCAAAAUGUAGCUCAAAUUCCAGAUGCUUCAUCAGAAUACCAUGAAACUGAAAUGCCUGCUCAAAGCUACAUGCAAAACGGGAAUUUAGAACCUCCUGCACUUGAUAACCUUUCAAUUGGCUCUACGGAUUAUGCAACUCGGCAAACCAACACAGUUACUUCCCAUGAUAAUAAUGCUCCUCAGGAAGAAACAUCUAAGGAAGAUGGAAACAAAUUUGAGGGUGAUGGUGAUGAUGGUGAGGUUUCAAUAAUACAUUCGUCUGGUGAGAAAAUUUUGAAAUCUGACUCCGAUGGUCUAGAAAAACUUCAAGAGUAUAGCAGUCAUUCUCAUCCAACUAAUCAUGCAACUAGGCCAAGAAUUAAAACAGAGGAACAGCUAAAAUUUGAAGCAAAGAUAGAUACAAUUCAAGCGUUACCUGUCAAUGCUGAAUACCCUCAAAUUGCUUCUGGUGGAGGACAGUGGGCUCAGCUUUGUUAUGGUGUGCAAGGUGUCGCUGAUCCAAAUUCCAUUCUUUGUGGCAAUAUUCAACCUUCCAACCCUCAACAAUCACAGAUGCAAAACCAGUCAGGUGGAACUAACCAAGAGGUGUAUUUAACUCAGAGCCAUGUAUCUCUGAAUCCGUCUUUACCAAACUCCCAAGAUCCCCAGGCUAACCAUACCCAACUUCAGUAUCAGCUAGCUGCCUCUCAAGCUUACACAAAUCCAGGCCUUGCUUUUUUUGGACAGCACAUGCAGCAACCGGCUGUUUUAUAUGCACCAGAUCAGCAAGUCCAACACGCUUCUUCUCAAACUCAGACUCACGCAUAUCAAAAUGUCUCUCAAAGUGAUGAACGAUAUGGUUAUUACCAAAGUUUUCAAGGAUAUGAGCCUCACAUGUGGCAGUAUUAUCAGAAUUUAUAUUAUCUUCAGCAGCAACAGCUGCAACAAAGGCAGCAAGGUCAACAAAUGAACGAUUCUCACAAGCAACAAUUAACUGAUCACUCAAAGGCAACAAGCUCUCAGCAAGAGUCGCUUGAGAACCUGGAAGAGCGGGUUCAGUUGCAAGUACAUACAGAUACCCAGCAACACAAUAGAAACCUUGAUGAAAAACUGAAUGCCUCAACAAAACAACAAAAUCAACAAGAGAAGCAGGAAGAAUCAACCCAACCUUACCAGCAGAGUACGCUGGUGAUGAAUUCUGAACAAUACCAGCUCUUAUAUCUUCAACAGCAACAACAUUUUUACCUUCAGCAACAGCAACACCACCAAAUGUACAUGCAACAGCAGCAGCAACAGCAACAGCAACAGCAGCUCUUACUUUUCCAACAGCAACAACUUCUCCAGCUUCAGCAUCAGCCAAUGCAACUUCAACAGCAGCAGCAAUCGCCAUAUCCGCAACAAGACUAUCAGCUGCAGCAUCAAACCAAUGCAGUGGAACUGAAGGCUGUAGAGAGCAAUGUUUACGCCCAGGGUAAAGGAGAUCCACUUCAAAGUGCUGCUGGACAAUCGGCAAAUUCUCAUUCCAUCAAACAGUCUGUGAAUUCACCAAACGGUUAAUGUCCACUUCUAGCUACUUAGAUUUAUUAUUAUGUGCGGAGUCCAGAGCAUCCGAAGAUCAAUACAAAUACGCCACAUCACCCUAAAAAUGCAUCGCGUUCGAUACUUAGCUCGGUUCCUGAGAUCGGUACCGAGCAUAACCGGACUGGAGAACCGUCCUGUGUUCGCACAGAACACUGCUUUUUUUUUUUUGGCAUUUCUUCUCAGCGUUUCGAUGGCGCAGGCUUGCAAUUAGACAGAAAUAUGUGAUCCUGUUCCAAGAAAAUUGAUAAUACUUACUGUUAUCUGAAUCAUCUGUUCACAUUAUGUAUAUAUUUAUUUCUGUUCAGGCCAGUUAAUUCUGCAUGAGGUGUAAACACUGCAGUCUGCAGUAGCUUUUAUGCUUUAGGAUUUAUUGGAAUUGCCUUCUUGGUCGGUUUAUGACA